AUGUCUCGCGAUGUUACUUCGUCUCUUUUGACAUUACCUGUCGAACUUAUCUAUCGCAUUUUGGAUAACCUCGAUGACUUCACGUUUUUAUGUUCAACUCGUAAUGUUUGUCAGCGACUAAAUUAUAUAACAGAUGCAUAUCAUCGAUAUCAGGCGCUCACUACACUUAAUUUGAGCGAAAAUUCAAUCGGAGAUCAAGGAGCACAACAUCUUGCCCAUGCACUCACAAACAACAAGACACUCACCAUACUCAAUCUUGAAUGUAAUGAAAUAAGCGGUCUAGGGGCACAACAUCUUGGCAACGCUCUGACAAGCAACACAGCACUUACUUCAAUUGAUCUUGGCCAUAACGAAAUCGGAAAUCGAGGAGCACAACAUCUUGGUAAUGCUCUCAUUAACAAUACAACAUUAAUUUCAUUCGUCCUUAGACUUAAUGAAAUUGAAGAUGAAGGAGUAGAAAACCUUGCUUUUGCUCUAAGAAAUAAUAGAACACUUACUACUCUUGAUCUUUGCAAUAAUCGAAUCGGUGACAAUGGAGCACAACACUUAGCUAAUACUCUCAUAAAUAACACAGUAAUAGACUAUCCAUCUGCUGCUCUCUACGCUUUAUGA